CAUCCAGCUUAACCGAGUGGAAAUAGAUCUCAACGAUGCUGAUAGCGGGUCGCCAGGUUCUGGGCCUAUUGAACCCAAAGGCAAACGGCUGAAGCAGUAUGAUCUUUCAACAAACUCUGACAAGCUUUGGCGUGACACUCGAGGCCUCCAAUUCUCCGACGUAGCAGAGGCUAUUCAAGAAGAAGUAGUCAUCCUGCGAGAUUAUGAGCGAAGAAUGGAAGAGCUAAAACAGUCGAUGGAGCUCGGAAACAGCAAUGAUUCUGCUGCAUUCGGCAUUCUUUCUGAUAAUACUUCCAAACUAACCAAUGCAAUCAGGUAA